AUAACAGAUCAUGUUAUGACUCAUUCAGUCCAUUGAGGAUGCUAACCGUCUUGCAAACAGUAGUUAUGACGCUUGUAUCCUAUGUCAGCACCGUUGUUCCUAACUACAGUCCAGAUUCUCCCAUCAAUGUAUUUCAUUUGAGCUAGUUCUCUAUCCAUGUAACAUGCUGAACAUUUGUAAAUCUUUUACAUAGAUACGAGGUCCAUUCCUUCAGCCGGUAUGAGCCGACACUACUCCCUUCCUCGCUCAGUGCCAAAGAAUGCAGCCGUGUUAUUUACAGUUGAUGAGUCGCAAGCGGCACGGUUACAGUUGCAGACUUUAUGGAAAUGGGCGGGGGAGAGAGAGGACAGUACUGUCCCACUUCUGAUAGCCAUCGACCGGCGAGAAUGGUAUAACUCAGCGUCUGUCAAACCAAACAACGAUCUUAGUUGGUUAAUUCAUGUGCCGUUAUUUCGUGUAGGAGUACUCAGAGGUGAACGUGCGUACAACAAAUGUUGAGUCUGCGCAGAGGGCGGACAUACAUGGACCGUUAGCUCGCUGUCAGACGGUCAAACUACUCAAGAGUUUUUUUAGUUUCGUUCUGGUAAUGGAUCUGUAAUCGGACCGAAAACUUUGGCAAGUGAAAACAAAUGUUUCCCAGUACUGUCUGAACAACAAACGUAUUUUCAAGUGGGAAAUAUUCCUGAAAGCAAAACAGUUUGAAGGGACCGCUGCGCCCUGCCCCUGCGCUGCAGUGGAGAGGGCUGAUUCAACUCUUGGAUGGUGUUGCAUAGAAGUUUGACAGGUCGGCAGUCAAGUAAGAGUCAGUUGCCCCACCCCCACAUCCAGACGCCAGCGUUGCGAUGGGCAACCAAGGGAUGGAGGAACUCAUUCCGCUGGUGAAUCGACUUCAAGAUGCGUUUAGCACCAUCGGCCAGAGCUGCAAUCUGGAGCUGCCGCAGAUUGCAGUCGUAGGUGGCCAGAGCGCGGGCAAGAGUUCCGUCUUGGAAAACUUCGUAGGCAGGGACUUCCUCCCGCGUGGCCCAGGCAUCGUGACUCGCAGACCUCUGGUGCUCCAACUCAUCAGCGCUAACACAGAGUAUGCAGAGUUCCUGCACUGUAAAGGGAAGAGGUUCACAGAUUUCCUGGAGGUUCGGCAGGAGAUUGAAGUGGAAACGGAGAGACUGACAGGAGCCAAUAAGGGCAUCUCUGCUGCCCCCAUCCAUCUGAGGAUCUACUCCCCUCAUGUUCUGCACCUGACUCUGGUGGACCUGCCUGGCAUCACCAAGGUACCGCUGGGUGACCAACCUGCAGACAUAGAGUACCAGGUUCGAGACAUUAUCAUGCAGUUCAUCUGCAAAGACAACUGUCUCAUCCUGGCCGUCACCCCCGGCAACACUGACCUGGCCAACUCGGACGCUCUCAAACUGGCCAAGGAUGUCGACCCCCAGGGGCUGCGCACCAUCGGGAUCAUCACCAAGCUGGACCUGAUGGACGAGGGCACGGACGCCAGGGACAUUCUGGAGAACAGGUUGCUGCCCCUACGCAGGGGGUACGUAGGGGUGGUGAACCGCGGUCAGAAGGACAUCGAGGACAGGAAGGACAUCAGCGAGGCGCUGGCGGCAGAGAAGACGUUCUUCCUGUCGCACCCCUCCUACAGACACAUGGCCGACCGCAUGGGCACACUGCACCUCCAGAGAGUCCUCAACCAGCAACUGACCAAUCACAUCCGGGAGACUCUGCCAGCGUUCCGAGGCCGUGUGCAGGCCCAGCUGCGGGCGCUGGGGCGCGAGGCGGACGAGUACCGCCAACACCCCCUGGACGACCCCGCUCGCAAGACCAAGGCUCUGCUGCAGUUGAUGCAGCAUUUUGCGGUGGACUUUGAGAAGUGCAUCGAGGGUUGUGGGGCCCAGGUGAACACCGAGGAGCUGUCCGGAGGGGCCAGGAUCAACCGCAUCUUCCACGAACGCUUCCCUUUCCAACUGGUCAGGUGAGCCUUCACAUCCUCCUUAAUCCUCCAGAGUAUCACCUACGCCAUCAAGAACAUCCACGGUAUCAGGACAGGUCUGUUCACCCCAGACAUGGCCUUCGAGGCCAUAGUGAAGAGACAGAUUUUGACUCUGAAGGCUCCCUGUCUCAGAUGUGUUGAUAUGGUCAUCCAGGAACUCAUCGCCACUGUCCGCCAGUGUACCAUCAGGCUGGGCUCGUUUCCUAGGCUGCAAGAGGAGUCUGAGAGGAUCGUGACAUCACACAUCAGAGAACGAGAGAGCACAGCCAAAGACCAGGUGUUGCUGCUCAUUGAUGUUCAGUUAGCCUACAUCAACACCAACCACGAGGACUUUGUAGGUUUUGCUAAUGCCCAGAAACCCGCUCUGCCAUCAACCUCAAAGAAAAGCCUUGCAGGGAACCAGGAUGUACGUGAGGGCUGGCUUACCAUCAACAACAUAAGCAAUCAAGGCGGGGCCAAAGAGUACUGGUUUGUCCUGACCGCCGAGACCCUGUCCUGGUUCAAGGAUGACGAGGUGAGCCCAGAACCCUCCCUUCCAAAUUGAUUUGUUAGGUCUGAUGGUUUGAAUGAGUCACCUCAUGCUCUUCAAAGCUUGGGUGUUGCAGUGACUGUGUAGCAGUAAUACACACACACACACACACACUGUAGAUGCAGGAGAACACACACCAGACUCUCUAAACCAACACCUUUUAUUAACUCACACAUAUCUCUCAAGUGUUAUACAUAAAAACAAAAUCUACCACGGUCCAUCAAACACACUGAACAUCACCCGAAACCAAUCAAAUUCCUUCAGUGGCCUCUUGUGUUCCA